AAAACGUACACUACUUUCACAGGCACAAAAAAAGCUUCUCUUGUUUUUAUGACACGACAGAGAAUUAAAAGUCUUUCAUAAUGAAGAGAGUAGUAGUGAAGUGACACAUUCACAUAUACUUUUGUUUCAUUUUUUGAACUUUGUAUCUAAAAUAGCUAUAUUGAAUUGUUUAAAUUUCUUUUAAUUCUUUCAGAUUUUGGGUAGUGGGGUUCGUUCUGUAUUCCAAUUAAUUGAAAAGAUGCUUCAUAUUUAUGGGGGAAACAGAUCAAAUAAAUGAGAUGGUAAUUCUCAUGUAUGAGGUUUGGUUGCUUCAUAUUUUUAAGAAUUUUGGUUUGCAUACUUGGUAAAGAGAGCUGCUAAGCCAAAUCACAAGCAAAGAAGGAUCAUAAAGCCAGAGACACUGGUGGAUUUUUCGUUGUUGGGUUAUUAUUACUGUUCUUCCAUAUUGUUCCUCCAAUACCAGCAAUGGAGUCUUCCAAAGCCAUAGAAGUUAUAGAAGGAUGUAGCAGCUGUGAGUCUGGAUGGACAAUGUAUAUUGCCUCCCCAAUCCAUGAAGAUAAUAUUUAUGAUGAUCAUGAUGACGGUGGUGAUGGUGACGAUGAUCGUGGCACUGAUAAUAAGAAAGGAGAUGACAUCAACGACAACGAUGAUAAUGAAAGCGAUGAUUCUAUGGCUUCAGACGCCUCUUCUGGACCGAGUCAUCGAGAACUUCCAUAUGGAAGUAGAAACGUAAGUCAUGUAUUGGAUCAUUCCAAGGACUUGAAGGGAAAAAACGGAAGUAAGUAUUCAUCUGACAAGAAAAUAUAUGAAAAAAGGUUAAGGGCAGAGAACAAAGUGCCAGCGCCUAAAGCAAACAGUGGAGCAAAGGUAAGAAAAACCAUCCAGAUGGAGAGAAAAUAGAAUACUUUUAGGGCAUGUGUGGUUGUGUUUUCGUUUUCUGUGUUUGUUUUUAGGAAAACACAAAAAGUUUGUUUGGCGAAUUGUUUUAAAAAACUAUUCUUGGAAAAUUAUCUUGAAAAGCUCACUUUUUGGGAAAGACCAAAAAGUUGGCUUUGAAUUUUUGGAAAAUAUUUUCGCACAAAAAUAAAAACAAUGGGUGUUUUUAAAUUUUUUAUUUUAUGUUUCCGCAAACACAACGAAAGCAAAAUCACAGGCCCUAAUAUUCCUUUAAGAUAUCCUCCAAGAUUCGUUGCAUAGUUCUUCAUCACAUGAUGUUUAAUGGGUUACAGAAAUCAGAGUGCACUUCAUAGAAGCCUACUUCAUUCUGUGGUUCUAAUCUUUCAGUUUGAAUGUAAUCAAGAAAUCUAAUUGACAGUUAGCAGCUAUAGCCCAUGGAUCAGUACAUCAUGAAUGUGCAAAUGUACAACUAUGGUUUUAUGUAUUAUAUGCAUGUCAUAUGCACAGCUUAUGCAUUUUGUUGUGUAGAUGCCUGCCAAUGCAUGUGCCACUAGGAAUACAUAUUACAUGCUUGUUAUUGGCAUUAAGAGAGAGAGAGAGAGAGAGAGAGAGAGAGAGUAGGUAUAGUUUGGUGGGGAUUAGUUUGUGAUACUAUACCCGAAGGCAAUGACGAGAAAAAUAGAGGGAAGAAUAAUAACAUAUUGGUUGUCUAUAGUUAACCUUAUGUUUUCUGUCACAUAACCUCAAGUACGAGUAUGGGGUGUAGGUAAGUAUUGAGGUAUCAGAUUUAUCUACUUUUCAUGUCAAAGACACCAAGGCAUGGCUAUAUUUCAGAUUUCUUUUGCAUAGAUAUAUGGUAAACUCGACUACUUAUAAUUAAGGAUAUAACUUGUUAAGAUAGUUG